AGAACUCAUUGGGGAAGCGGAAGGAAACCGUCACGAUCCCCGCCCCCCAGUCCCACGACAGGCUUAGAACUGCACACCCUCUCUCCUCUUUGUCCUGCCUGGGGGACAGUGGACGGGGGUGGACGGGGGUGGGUGAUGCUGAUGGCCCUGCCAUGCCCGAAGUAGCCGCCAAGGGGCGCUCGCGCGCUGCCCUCUCCGCUCCCGGCGGGGGCGGGGCCUGUGCCCGCCACGUCAACGACGGUAGCGGCGCCUCGGCUCGGUUCCGCGGGGAAGGUGAUGACGGCGGCGGCGGCUCUGGGGGCCGAAGUCGGUGUGAGGAUCGCUCUCUUCGUCGCCUUUGUGGUGCUGGAGCUUCUCCCGCCCUUCCAGAGGCUCAUCCAACCCGAAGAGAUGUGGCUGUACCGCAAUCCCUACGUGGAGAAGGACCAUUUUCCCACCAAGCCUCUGUUUCUGAUUGUGUUUCUGUGUCCCCUCUCUCUGAUCGUGCUGGUUAAAUGUCUUAAGAAAGCAGAUGGAGCGGACACCAAGCAGGCGUGCCUGGCUGCCAGCCUUGCCCUUGCUUUAAAUGGAGUCUUCACCAAUACAAUAAAACUGAUCGUGGGAAGGCCACGCCCUGAUUUCUUCUAUCGUUGCUUCCCAGAUGGGCAAGCCAAUUCUGAACUGAUCUGCACAGGGGAUGAGGAUGUGGUCACUGAAGGCCGGAAGAGCUUCCCCAGUGGGCACUCCUCUUUUGCAUUUGCUGGACUGGCCUUCACCUCCUUCUACCUAGCAGGGAAGUUACACUGCUUCACUCCGCAAGGCCGUGGAAAAUCCUGGCGGCUCUGUGCUGUCCUAUUACCUCUCCUCUUUGCAGCUGUCAUUGCUCUUUCCCGAACCUGUGAUUAUAAACACCAUUGGCAAGAUGUGCUGGUUGGAUCCAUGAUUGGCCUGAGUUUUGCCUACCUUUGCUACAGGCAGUAUUACCCUUCCCUGACUGAUGCCGAAUGCCAUAAGCCAUUCUACUGCAAACAUAUACUUCCUACCACACAGAAGUUUAUCGUUCCCCAUUAUAGACUUGAUGUUUAGAAACUUAACCUAUCUCACAAAAGAACAGUAAGCGCAUUCCGUCCUGUCUUUGACCUAUCCCACUCCAAAGACAUGGGUUUCAGGCCCUUCUUUUUACCUCUUAAAUGCCACGAGUGAAGGCAUGGGCAAGACUGAAGUCUAUCUUCCUACCUGGAUAUCUGUAACAAUUCUUUUCUGCUACUGUAUCGCAAUCUGUUGAUGGGGAAGACCUUUUGAAAUAUAGAAGAAUCAAGUUUAUAGUGAUAAAGGUGUUUAUGCAAGUUGACUCCUAUUUGAUGGCUUCAAGGUUACUUCGGGGCCCUGGGAUGAUAAGUAGUCCAGGCCGUGAGGGCCUGUGGCCCGGCUUGGGCAGCAGCUCACUCCAUGGCAACAGGAGGAAGUAUCCCUUCUGAUGAGGAGUAGGCUACUGGCUUGGAAAGAUUAUGAUGGCUGCAAGGAAUGAUUUGGAACCAUACGAUACACUAGCCCCAAAGGCAGCUCCAGGGACUAAGGAGGAGCCUAAUCUGGUCCCUUCCAUCACUGACCAAUGAUUAGUGGGCUAUGCCUGUGAAGAGGUUAGCAGGGCAGUCAUCUGAUUCUGGCUUCACAGAGGCAAGACAAAGCGUUGCCCUAACUGUGGAACCCAUUACAAGCUGGUACCCCACCAGCUGAGCCACUGACCCCUGGAUUGGUUUACUUGAAAUGUGUUAUAAUGUUUUCUUCCCUCCAAUAAAAGACUAGCCAUUUUCCUGACUCUACCAUUUAAAAAAAAAAAUUUAUGAAAUGGUACCCAAGAGACAAAAAAAAGUAUGGUUAAACCUGAGAAGUUUAGACCAAGGAGUGAUGUCCUCAUGAAAUUAUUGAAAGUCUGAAUUAUGAAACUUUUUUAAAAGCCAAUAAUAUAUACUUCAAGUUACUCAGACAGUUGUCAGCCAGCUUCUGAUUGUGUUAGGCAUCCUGACUAUAUCAGGUUCACUAGGGCUGACUAGAUGGGAAAUUUUCAAAAUCAAUAUACACUUAUUAAGCACCUACUGUGUGCCAGGCGCUGUGCUAAGCACUGAAUAUUUUAACAUUUAAAGACAUAGUUCUUGUGACUUUCCUACUUCUAUGUACCUGCUGUAUCCUUGAAACAGAAAAACAAUGCUUGUGUUAUAUAUACCUAGAGUUGAAAUAUCAGAAAAGCCUAGAGUCCCUAAAAAGGGAAGUACCAAGCUCAUCUCCCAAUUUUUCCAGUCAUUGUUACCUGAAUACUUCUAUAGAAAAUGUCCAAAUAUAAUUUAGAUCACUGUUCUACAUUAAGCUCCUCAGCAGAGCUACUAGUUUUCAUGUGAAGAUUUUUUAGUGCUGUAGACAUAAUUUGUUAUACAAGUAUAAAGGUUUGAAGAAACUUAAUAGUAUUAGAAUUUUAAUGAGUUUAAAACAUGACUCCAAUACCUGAAAUUUGGGCUUUAUCUACCUACCUUUCUUUCCCAUGAGUUCUUUUCAUGAGGGACCAAAGAGUGAUACUUGGAACCAAAACUUUCUGUUGUACAUGUGUAUCAACUUGGCUAUCUAAAUUAUUUGCUCCUCUAAAGUAGCAGUGGAUUUGGAGUCAUUAGUCCUCCAUAGAACUCAGUUUCCCCAUUUGUAAAAUAAAAGGAUUGGACUAAAUGACCUCUGAAGUUCCUUCCAGCUCAGUGUAUAAUUUUGUGUUUCUGCCUAAUGAAAGAGUAAGGAAUGGGAUGAAGGGAAUUUUUUUUUUUAAUAAAAAUGUUUGUUAACAAACACUGAAGGGGAAGAAGUUGCUCAUCACCAGUUGCCAGUUAACUUUUAUAAAUGCACUUUUUUUCUUUUUCCCUUUCCCCAUCAGGGACAUAGUUAAAUGAACCAUGUAAGAUUUUCUUUCUGAACUAAUUUUAUGGGACCCUCAAAUAUGUAUUUCUUCCUGUUUGUUAUGUUUCUUUAAGCAUGUGUGCAUUUUCUUACCAGAAAGUGCCAUUUUCAAUGUAUCGCCAGUAAAUCUUUUAUGUCAAUAAAAAAAAAUCACCCAUGUG